AUGGCGCUCUCCGAGACUAACCCCUCGACGACCUCAGACCCUGUCGACUUCACCUCGACGCCGCAAUCCCUUGCCCGAGCCGUCUACGCCCGCCGCCAAGAGUAUGUCCGCCCUCAUCGGAUCCGCGUCAAGAUUGGAACUUGGAACGUUGCGGCGUGUCCCGGCACCGACAAGGACCUGGCGAGCUGGUUCGUCGAUGGAUAUGGCCUUGACACGACCCUCUCCAAGCUUGAUAUGUCUGAUCACGACACGGUCGAGAAGAACCCUCCGCACGUCACCAAAACAGGAUCCGACGAGCAGGACCUCUGUGCCUCUGUACACUUGGUCGGGGGCGGCAAGAUCGGGUUGUAUGUGCUGGGCUUGCAGGAGAUCGUCGACCUGAAUAUGGCGAGGGACUACAUGAACCGCAUGUCCUCCGACCCGGCGCCCAUGAACAAGUGGAAGGAAGCACUAGAGAAGGCCAUGCCUGACGGGUAUGAGCUUGUCGCCGCCGAGCAAAUGUCCGGCCUGCUGUUGUUAGCGUAUGCUUCCCCCGAAGUCGCGCCGACUAUCAGCCAUGUGAGCACCGCUUCAGUAGGCACAGGUCUGUUCGGGUACCUUGGAAACAAGGGCGCCGUGACGACCCGCAUCCUCCUCGGCGAGACGACCCGUAUGGUCUUUGUCAACUGCCACCUCGCUAGCGGCCCGGAGCAGGCGUACUUAGACCGGAGGCUUUGGGACAUUGGCCAGAUCCUGACACGAACCCAGUUCGACCCCAUAAACGUGGCCGGGGAGAACGACGCCGACGCCGAGAAGAUCGGCGACGAGGAUUUUGCCUUCUGGUUGGGCGAUUUGAACUUCCGCGUUGAUGGCCUUCCCGGGAACGAUAUUCGCCGCCUCCUCCUGCUCCAUACCCGUGGAGAGUACGACCUGGACAAGAAAGGCCGAAAGGUCAUCGCGGGCGAGGAGAUUUUGGUGGUCAAGAGAAUUGACAGCAGCGACGACGACACCUCCACCAUUGAUACCUCCUUGUCGUCGCCCACCUUUGAUGAUUCGGAAAGCUCCUUGCCAGACCCCGACGAAUUUCUGCCAGACCCGACCGAAGACCCUGCUUCGUUGCAGGCAACUCUGGACUCCCUUUUGCCCCACGACCAACUGCGAAGGAUCAUCAAGGAGAAGAAGGCCUUCCACGAUGGGUGGCGAGAAGGCCCAAUCACGUUUUUGCCAUCAUAUAAAUACGAUGUCGGCACAGUCAGCCUGUUCGACUCGAGCGAGAAACGAAGAGCUCCGAGCUGGUGCGACCGCAUCCUGUACCGGACAAGGAAGGACAGGGAGGAGUAUGAGCAAAGGGUCAAGGAUGCGGAGGAGGCGAGGAAGAAGGACGAGGAGAUGACGGCGCGGGGUAUCGACCACGCAACAGACGACGACGACGUCCUCUUCAGCUACGAUCCCGACGCGGACGGCGAGGAACCUCCGGCUGGCGAGGCCGGCGUCGACUAUGACGAAUACGACGACGACGAGAACGAGCCGGAGGAUGUCGUCACAAAGGAAGGGUUCAUGGACAGAAUAAAGCUCGACAUUUACACCUCUCACCAGCGGAUCGUCUCGUCGGACCACAAACCGAUAAUCUCCAUCUUCACGCUCGACUACGAUGCGGUGAUUCCUGAUCUCAAGGCCAAGGUCCAUGCCGAAGUUGCCAAGGAGCUGGACCGCGCCGAGAACGAAGGCCGACCUUUAAUCACACUUAUUCUCGACAAUCCACACCAGUCAACAAAGGACGCACAUGAGUCCAUGGGCCUCAACGAAGCUGUCGACUUUGGCGAAGUCGGCUAUCGCAGCAGACAUAGCGCGAGCCUGACGAUAGCCAAUACCGGCCGAGUGCCGGCCAAGUUCACUUUCGUCGAGAAGCCCACGAUCGAGCAAGACCCGGACGCCCCCAGCCAGGCGGAGUGGCUCAAGACAUUUUUCAAGCAGACGAGUAGCCAAGGCAACGGCGAGGAGUCGCCAGAUCUCGGCAGCGAGGUGACAUUGGAGCCUGGUGAGACCGUGAGCGGCGUCAUCGAGGUCUACGUCAGCGACAUGUCUCACGUGCGAGCCCUCAACGACGGCCGUGCAUCGCUGGAAGACAUUCUGGUGCUUCGGGUCGAGGACGGCAGGGACCACUUCAUCCCGGUCCGCGCGUUCUGGCUCCCGACGUGUUUCGGCCGCUCAAUCGACGAGCUCAUCCGCAUCCCCGACGGAGGCAUCCGGGCUUUCCUCAAGUCCAGGGCGGAGACGACGGGAAACAGUUCCAUCCCGUACGACCUUGACGUGCACUGCGCCGCCCCAAAGGAGCUGUUCAAACUGACAGAGGCUGUGGAGACCAUGACGGCCCGUGCCAUCGCCGAUUCGAACAUGAUCGAGGAGCAUGUCAUCCCAGCCGACAAGCCCGGCUGGCCGUUUGACGAGACGGCGUGGCUGUUCAAAGACCAAGAGUCCAGGGACAGCCUGUUGGUCGCCCUAAUCGAGGCACUCGACAACGACCGACCGCUCGUCGACGCCCUCCCCGUUCAGGUGCCGUCACUCUACCGGCUCGAAGUCGUCGCCGAGGUGCUGGUCCUCUUCCUGGUUGGCCUUACCGACGGCAUCAUCACGUCCGCCCUUUGGGCCAAGAUGGAGCUCGCGCUUCCCCACCUCAGCACCGCCGGCGCGGCGACGCGGUCCCCCACCGAGGUCGAGGACGACAAGACGGCGGUGCUCGACAUCCUCGCCAUGGCGCCGAACCACAACAUCGCCUUCGUCUUCCUGAUGGCGACGCUAUCCAAGGUCGUCGCGGAGCUAGCGCCCAUCUCGCGCUCCGUGGCCGAGGCAUUGAUGACGCAGAGGCCGACUCGGAGGAGUCUCAGCUUCAGGCGGUCGACGGGCGGCAGCGCGGCGGCCGAGGCGGCGCUGGCGAGGCGGCGGGCGAGCGAGAGGAGGGUGGGCGAGGUCCUCGGCAGGGUAGUCUGCCGCGUGGGUUUGCCGGCGAGGGACAAGGAGAGGAAAGCGGUGGAGGAGAAGAUGAGGGGCGCGUUGGAGAUAUUCAUGAGGAGGCCUUUGGAGGACGGGUAA